AGCUCCGUCCGUCUGCUUCGCUAGAGCCCGUUUCAUUGGAUGAAUGAAGCGGCGGGCGACCAAUCGCGGCACGCGUUACAUCGCAUCCUCCUGGGCGUCUGUUCGUUUCCGUCAAUUUAGUGAGGAUUUUGUUCCGCGAUUCCUGCAAGGAAGAGCGGAAGAGUACUAAAACAAAACACAUUCCGCGUUAUACCGACUUGAAUCGCGCACGUUAUGCUAAUAGAGUCACGUCGACGGCAAGCGCCGAGGGAGUGUGCAGAUCGCUCGCACGUCUACGCUUUUCUCUGGCCAGCGUUUCCGCGGACAUGCAUCUCGAUGCCGCCAGCCGACGAUUGCUGAAAGACCUCAACAAACUCAAACGUAACACCUGUCUCCGAUCGCCGCGGGAGGCCGAAUGACGACGAAGCCGACGUUUGAUGUUCGGCAAUUAAAAUAACACGUCGCCAUGAGCGUUUCGCAAGCGUCACCAGGCAUUGUGGCCGAACUACUUGAGAUCGCCAUCCACAACAUCCUCUACUCGAGGAAGGUUUAUCCGGAAGCAGCUUUUCAGAAAUCUCGCAAAUACAACAUCCCCAUACAAGUGGCAGUGCACCCACAGGUAGUGGACUACAUCGACAGCUGCGUGAUGACAAUGCACAAGUUGCUGCACCGCAACGAGCUACGGAAGAUGGUGCUGCACAUCGCCGACGCCGCCCACAAUCCUGUCGAGCAGUUUGUCUUCGAGGUGUCCGUCCCGGUCGACGGGGCGCCACAGUCCAACGGAUCGAGCAAAAUGGAGGAGGACUCCUACCUGCUGGACGUGGAAGCCGCUGCCCGUGCCAUCUGCCUCAGGGUCACCACGUCGGACUCCGUGCUGCAGGACAACCCGGAAGGUUGCUCGUUCAGCAUCCAGCUGCACGUUGCAGAAAGCACAGCCAUGAGGUUGUCCCUCAGUGACGAUCCAGACGACCAGUCAUUUCCGUGGGUUGAAGCGGACAGCAAAGACACCGACAUUCCAGGCGGCAGCAUCAUUCCCUUGAAGUGCGCCAACGUCACUGUUGGAAAGGUCCACCUCUAUGUUGUGGAAAGUGAUGGGAAAGGAUCCAAGUGAUAUUCUUGUGUAAUAUCGGAUCUCUACUAAGCUGGUCAUAUUUCGUUACGUAUUUACUGCAAAGCACAUUUUCUCUUUGCUUAAAGUGAAAAAAUAAUAAAAAAGUGGACUGUGCAA